CCUUAAACGGUGAUAACGGUGAUAACGGCGAUAACGGUGAUAACGGCGAUAGUGGCGAUAACGGUAAUAACGGUGAUAACGGUGAUACCGGUGAUAACGGUGAUAACGGUGAUAACGGUGAUAACGGUAAUAACGGUAAUAAUGGCGAUACCGGUGAUAACGGUGAUAACGGUGAUAACGGUGAUAACGGUAAUAACGGUAAUAAUGGUGAUAACGGUGAUAACGGCGAUAGUGGUAAUAACGGUAAUAACGGUGAUAACGGCGAUAGUGGUGAUAACGGUAAUAACGGUGAUAGUGGCAAUAACGGUAAUAACGGUAAUAACGGUGAUAACGGUGAUAACGGUAAUAACGGUAAUAACGGUGAUAACGGCGAUAGUGGUGAUAACGGUAAUAACGGUGAUAACGGCGAUAGUGGCGAUAACGGUAAUAACGGUAAUAACGGUGAUAACGGUGAUAACGGUGAUAGUGGUUAUAAUUAUUUUGUUUUAAGCCUUCCUCAAUCCAUAGACCUAUCCUUAACCACUAGGGUCAGCGUUAAUAACGGUGAUAACGGUGAUAGUGGCGAUAACGGUAAUAACGGUAAUAACGGUGAUAACGGUGAUAACGGUGAUAACGGUGAUUGCGGUGAAAGCGGUGAUAACGGUAAUGACGGUGAUAACGGUGAUAACGGUGAUAACGGUGAUAACGGUGAUAACGGUGAUAACGGUGAUAGUGGCGAUAACGGCGAUAACGGUAAUAACGGUGAUAACGGUGAUAGUGGUGAUAACGGUGAUAAUGGUGAUAACGGUAAUAACGGUGAUAACGGUGAUAGUGGUGAUAACGGUAAUAACGGUAAUAACGGUGAUAGUGGCGAUAACGGCGAUAACGGCGAUAACGGUGAUAAAGGUGAUAACGGUGAUAACAGUGAUAACGGUGAUAACGGUGAUAACGGUGAAAACGGUAAUAACGGUGAUAGCGGUGAUAGCGGUGAUAGCGGUGAUAGUGGUGACAACGGUGAUAAAGGUGAUAACAGUGAUAACGGUGAUAACGGUGAUAACGGUGAUAGUGGUGAUAACGGUGAUAACGGUGAUAAAGGUGAUAAAGGUGAUAACAGUGAUAACGGUGAUAACGGUGAUAACAGUGAUAACGGUGAUAGCGGUGAUAGUGGUGAUAACGGUGAUAACUGUGAUAACGGUGAUAGUGGUGAUAACGGUGAUAAUGGUGAUAACGGUGAUAAAGGUGAUAAAGGUGAUAACAGUGAUAACGGUGAUAACGGUGAUAGCGGUGAUAGCGGUGAUAGUGGUGACAACGGUGAUAAAGGUGAUAACAGUGAUAACGGUGAUAACGGUGAUAACGGUGAUAGUGGUGAUAACGGUGAUAACGGCGAUAACGGUGAUAAAGGUGAUAAAGGUGAUAACAGUGAUAACGGUGAUAACGGUGAUAACGGUGAUAACGGUGAUAACGGUGAUAGCGGUGAUAACGGUGAUAACGGUGAUAACGGUGAUAACGGUGAUAACGGUGAUAGCGGUGAUAGUGGUGAUAACGGUGAUAACGGUGAUAGUGGUGAUAACGGUAAUAACGGUGAUAAUGGUGAUAACGGUGAUAGCGGUGAUAGUGGUGAUAACGGUGAUAACGGUGAUAACGGUGAUAGUGGUGAUAACGGUAAUAACGGUGAUAACGGUGAUAGUGGUGAUAACGGUGAUAACGGUGAUAGCGGUGAUUGCGGUGAUAGUGGUGAUAACGGUGAUAACGGUAAUAACGGUGAUAACGGUAAUAACGGUGAUAACGGUGAUUGCGGUGAUAGUGGUGAUAACGGUGAUAAUGGUGAUAACGGUGAUAAAGGUGAUAACGGUGAUAGCGGUUAUAGCGGUGAUAGUGGUGACAACGGUGAUAACGGUGACAACGGUGAUAACGGUGAUAACGGUGAUAACGGUGAUAGCGGCGAUAGUGGUGAUAACGGUGAUAAUGGUGAUAACGGUGAUAGUGGUGAUAACGGUAAUAACGGUGAUAAUGGUGAUAGCGGCGAUAGUGGUGAUAAUGGUGAUAACGGUGAUAGUGGUGAUAACGGUAAUAACGGUGAUAAUGGUGAUAACGGUGAUAGCGGUGAUAGUGGUGAUAACGGUGAUAACGGUGAUAGUGGUGAUAACGGUAAUAACGGUGAUAACGGUGAUAGUGGUGAUAACGGUGAUAACGGUAAUAACGGUGAUAGCGGUGAUAGUGGUGAUAACGGCGAUAACGGUGAUAACGGUGAUUGCGGUGAUAGUGGUGAUAGCGGUGAUAACGGUAAUAACGGUGAUAACGGCAAUAACGGUGAUAACGGUGAUUGCGGUGAUAGUGGUGAUAACGGUGAUAACGGUGAUAACGGUGAUAACGGCGAUAGUGGCGAUAACGGUAAUAACGGUGAUAACGGUGAUAGCGGUGAUAGUGGUGAUAGUGGUGAUAACGGUAAUAACGGUGAUAAUGGUGAUAACGGUGAUAGCGGUGAUAGUGGUGAUAACGGUGAUAACGGUGAUAGUGGUGAUAACGGUAAUAACGGUGAUAACGGUGAUAGUGGUGAUAACGGUGAUAACGGUGAUAGCGGUGAUAGUGGUGAUAACGGUGAUAACGGUGAUAGUGGUGAUAACGGUAAUAACGGUGAUAAUGGUGAUAACGGUGAUAGCGGUGAUAGUGGUGAUAACGGUGAUAACGGUGAUAGUGGUGAUAACGGUAAUAACGGUGAUAACGGUGAUAGUGGUGAUAACGGUGAUAACGGUGAUAACGGUAAUAACGGUGAUAGCGGUGAUAGUGGUGAUAACGGUGAUAACGGUGAUAGCGGUGAUUGCGGUGAUAGUGGUGAUAACGGUGAUAACGGUAAUAACGGUGAUAACGGUAAUAACGGUGAUAACGGUGAUUGCGGUGAUAGUGGUGAUAACGGUGAUAACGGUGAUAACGGUGAUAAAGGUGAUAACGGUGAUAACGGUGAUAGCGGUUAUAGCGGUGAUAGUGGUGACAACGGUGAUAAAGGCGAUAGUGGUGAUAACGGUGAUAAUGGUGAUAGCGGUGAUAGUGGUGAUAACGGUAAUAACGGUGAUAAUGGUUAUAACGGUGAUAGCGGUGAUAGUGGUGAUAACGGUGAUAACGGUGAUAACGGUGAUAGCGGUUAUAGCGGUGAUAGUGGUGACAACGGUGAUAAAGGUGAUAACGGUGAUAACGGUGAUAAUGGUGAUAACGGUGAUAACGGUAAUAACGGUGAUAAUGGUGAUAACGGCGAUAGCGGUGAUAGUGGUGAUAACGGUGAUAACGGUGAUAACGGUGAUAGCGGCGAUAGUGGUGAUAGCGGUGAUAAAGGUGAUAACGGUGAUAACGGUGAUAACGGUGAUAACGGUGAUAGCGGCGAUAGUGGUGAUAAUGGUGAUAACGGUGAUAGUGGUGAUAACGGUAAUAAGCGCGGUGAUACGGUGAUAGUGGUGAUAACGGUGAUAGCGGUAAUAGCGGUGAUAGCGGUGAUAGUGGUGAUAAUGCUUGGCGAUAGCGGUGAUAGCGGUGAUUGCGGUGAUAGUGGUGAUAGCGGUGAUAGCGGUAAUAGCGGUGAUAACGGCAAUAGCGGUGAUAGCGGUGAUUGCGUGGCGAUCGCGGUAAUAACGGUGAUAACGGUGAUGGCGGUGAUAGUGGUGAUAGUGGUGAUCCGCGGUGAUGCGGUGAUAGCGGUGAUAGCGGUGAUAGUGGUGAUAGCGGUGAUGCCCGGUAAUAGCGGUGAUAACGGUGAUAACGGUGAUCGCGGUGAUAAGCGCGGUGAUAGUGGUGAUAGCGGUGAUAACGCGGUGAUAACGGUGAUAGCGGUCAUAAGCGGUAAUAGCGGUGAUAACGGUGAUAGUGGUGAUAACGGUAAUAACGGUGAUAGUGGUGAUAACGGUAAUAACGGUGAUAAAGGUAAUAGCGGUAAUAAUGGUGAUAACGGUGAUAACGAUAAUAGCGGUGAUAAUGGUGAUAAUGGUGAUAACUGUGAUAACGGUGAUAGCGGUAACAACGGUGAUAGUGGUGAUAACAGUAAUAACGGUGAUAGUGGUGAUAACGGUGAUAACGGUGAUAGUGGUGAUAACGGUAACAACAGUUAUAGCGGUGAUAACGGUGAUAGUGGUAACAACGGUGAUAACGGUAACAACAGUGAUAGCGGUAACAAUGGUAACAACAGUGAUAAAGGUGAUAGCGGUGAUAACGGUGAUAGCGAUGAAUUAUGA